AUGGCAAUCCAAGACAAAGUUACCCUUUUGAGUUCCGUAGCUCUCCGAAUCGCUACUUUUGUCUUCCUGAGAUGGAUUCCAGGCCAUCACUUACCUCCGAUUAUCUAUGCCCUCUUUGCCAUCUAUGUUCCGUCUUUCAUCUCGACUUUCUUGACGCAACCUCAAUAUGAGGUCGUGGCAGACGAAGUGGACAUCACAGUCACAGAGGUAGAAGUCGAGGAUCAGCCUCCCACGAAUCCUUCUACUGCAGCUCAUUCACACAAUCUGCGGAGUGCUGAUAAACCGACACACACUGAGGAGGAGAUUAAUGUUGAAGAGAAGAUUGUUCUGGAAGAGAAGUCAGCAAAGCCGUGGCAGACGCUGUUGACAGGUCUUCCAAGUCCAACAUCCGUUCUGCUCUCUUUGGCUACAUUGGGUAUAAACGCUGCCUUGGUACUCGCUGCCACGGACUUGGUCUACAGAGGGAAAGUCUACUAUCCUAGUAAUGAUCUUUCCUUUGCGCGACUCGGUUAUGUUUCUCCAAUGGAAGCCAGCUUGUUGAUUAGAGAACCCGACCCCUUUCAACUACCCAUCUUUGUAUCUUAUCGAUUGGCAGAUACGGCUCAGGCCUUUGAAGAUCCUGCCUGGCAAUCUGCAGGUGUGAUCAGACUUCUGGACAACGAUACAGAUUACACUGGAGUGGUCACCUUUCCACUGCCAAAUCAUGCAGACAGGUCAUAUCAAUGGACUACCUCGAAUAAUCAUACUGGAUUUUUCAAGGUUCCUCCGAAGCCUGGACAGGUGUCCAACCACGGAGACUUCACAUUCUUGACGUCUUCUUGCAUUAUUCCUAGAUUUCCAUACAACCCACUGGAUCAUGCACUAGCUAUUCCCGGCUUCAGAUACAUGGCUGAUGUUGUUAAAUCUAUUCCUGGAGGAGCACAAUUUAUGCUAUUUCUGGGCGAUUUUAUCUACAUCGAUGUACCAAAGCGAUUCGGUGUGACUGCUGAGGACUACAGACGAGAGUACCGUCAAGUCUACGCUUCUCCAGAUUGGCCAUCCGUUGGACAGAAUUUGAGUUGGAUUCAUGUGUUGGACGAUCACGAAAUUGCCAAUGACUGGGAUAGUAACACGACCGGAGUCUACCGAGCAGCUACAGAUCCUUUCCACCAUUAUCACACAUCAGUGAACCCCCCUCUGGCACGAAAAGCAGGUACUUACAAUGCCGCACGAAAUGGAGCAACCUAUUUCGAGUUCACUCAAGGGCCUGCAUCGUUCUUCAUGAUGGACACGCGAACCUACCGAGACUCUUCAAGCCAACUACCCGCCAAUAGCUCUAAAAAGUCUAUGCUAGGCUCUAAGCAAUUGGCAGACUUGCUUGCUUUCCUGGAGAAACCAGAACCUAGGGGGGUGAAAUGGAAGAUUGUGGCAUCUAGCAUUCCAUUCACGAAGAAUUGGAGAGUCAACAGUCUCGAUACUUGGGCUGGAUAUCUCCAUGAGCGUCAGACAAUCUUAGAAGCAAUGUGGGACGUCGGGCUUCGAGGUGGUGUCGGUGUGGUUUUCCUUUCAGGAGACCGUCACGAAUUUGCAGCUACCGCUUUUCCUCCUCCUAUCGACGGAAAGUGGCCAAUCAGUGCAACUGUCAAUGAGUUUUCGACAAGUCCAUUAAGUCAAUUCUAUCUCCCAACGCCUACUUACCAUCAGAAUGAUGAGCAAGAUAUCUUGGUCAAAUACAUUCCGAACGGCAACUCGAAGCUCGGUGCGAUCACUAUCGAAAACACUUCGAGUGAUCAAAGCAUUCUCAAAUUCAGAUUGUAUGUUGAUGGCGUAGAGGCCUGGUCUUCGGUUCUUCUAUCACCUCCCACCAUCACAGGCAACCGAUGGGGCAAAGAUGCUCUUUGGGGAUAA